ACACACAUAUAUAUAUAUAUAACCACCACAACCUUUCCCAAUCAAAAAAAAUGUCACCCGUGCGAACCCAAGCCUCCAUGAAAGUCGCACGUGGGUACGAGUCGGCCACCCUCGCCCUCGCCUGCAAGCGCCUCCGCCCCCUCGCCCCCUCCUCCGCCUCCACAGCCGCCGCGUUCGAUAUCAAGAGCUUCAUCAGACCGGAAUGUGGUACUAGGAGACAUGGAACCUCGGAUAAUCAGAAAAGAGAUUCAGUUCAGCCCGGUGGGACGAGGUGGAGUCCGGCACAAGAGCAGAUCGAAAUACUCGAGAGGCUUUACCAAGGCGGCAUGCGAACCCCCAACGCCCAGCAAAUCGAGCAGAUCACGGCGCAGCUGGCCAACUACGGCAAGAUCGAAGGGAAAAACGUGUUUUACUGGUUCCAAAACCACAAGGCGCGCGAGCGCCAGAAGCAGAAGCUCAGCCUCAGCCCCCAGAGGCUGAGGCCGCCUCCUCCCUUUACCGCGGGAGAGGAGUUGGAGUGCGGAGGUCAAAAGAGGAAAUGUGGAUCGAGGGCGUUUGAUCAACGCGUUGAAGUGGAUUACAGAUGCUGCACAGAAGGAGGAGACGGAAAAGAAGGAGAAGAUAGAACCCUCGAGUUAUUCCCUCUGCACCCGGAGGGAAGAUCUUGAGGGUUUGAUAAUUAAUUAAUGGAAUUAAUGUUUGACAUUAAUUAAUUAUGGUUAUUUGUAGGCGAAAAACAGUGGAGUUUGAACUUUUUAUUUGUAGUAUGCUUUUGAUUAAUUAAUGGUAUGCAGCUGCCAGUCCAAUGUUUACUUUCCUUUAUUUUCUUGGUUUGAAGAAGGGAGGAAGAAAAUUAGUUGUAUGUGGGCAACUUUCUGAUCAUAUUUUCAGUUAUACAGUGAAUUAUUUGUAGA